UAUAAAAACAAGAGUAACGUAAAUGUGUUAAUUUUUUUUUUUUCAUUUUUGGUGAAUGGUCGGUCCAUCUUAAUUAAUACUGAAAAUAUUUUCCAAGUACUGAAAAGAUGUACUGAUUUAUCAAAGAAGCUGUUUCCUUUUUUUCAUUCUCCCAAGAAAGGGAAUAUGAAUCCCCGUUAUGUUCAUUUAUUAAAGUUCAUUCCUCGUUGGAUUAUAUUUUCUCCGUCUCUCGCAAUGGUUACAAACCAAAAACUUUCCUUCCAAGAAAAAGGAAUGGUUUUUCCGUGUCUGUGAUUCCUGGGGGGCAAAACCCAUAAUUCGAAAACUGCAGAUAAGGAAAAAGAAAAGGAGGGGUUAGGUGAAGUGAAAGAGAUUAGGGUUUUAAGUUUCCGUAGGCAGCAAGAUGGAAUCAUCAUCAUCAUCAUCAUCAUCAUCUUCUGGAGGUGAAGUUGUGAACAACAACAAUAACAAUAGCAGUGUAAAUUGGUUUGGGAUGAGUUUCCCCUUCCGUUCUCCACUUUCUUUUGCAAUGGAUUACUGUGGUGCUCAUCGCUCAACCCGUGAUGAUUCUGCUGAGGAUGUUAUGAUUAUUCCUCGUACAAACCCUCCGUUUCAGCUUUUUUCUGAUUCUGAUUCUGAUUCCGAUUCUGCUUCUGCUUCUGGUAGCGCCUGCAGGGGGGCAGAGGAAGUUGCUAUACGCAUAAUUGGAGCUGGAGAGCAAGACAACAGUUCCUCCUCGUCCUCGUCGCGGAAUCGGGUUGGGGAAUUUGGUUGUGUUGAUGUGGUGAGUACUAGAGGGAGGAGGCUGUCGACGGAGACUCGCCGGAGACUCGCUGAGGAGAGGGUUCCUCUGGUGUCAUUGUCUGAUGCUAUUAGGGAUUCCUCCUCCUCCUCCUCCAACUACCAGAGGUAUGAUAUUCAGCAGAUUGCAAAGUGGAUUGAGCACAUUCUUCCUUUCUCACUCUUGUUGUUGGUUGUUUUCAUCCGCCAGUAUUUGCAAGGUUUCUUUGUCGCCAUUGGCAUAUCAGCUGUGAUGUUCAAGUCAAAUGAAGUUGUUAAGAAGCAGACAGCUUUAAAGGGAGAUCGGAAAGUCUCUGUUCUUCUCAGUAUCUCUUUUGUCUUCAUGCUGCACGUGAUAUGCAUUUACUGGUGGUAUCAAAAUGAUGAUCUUUUAUACCCACUGGCCAUGUUUCCGCCAAAAGCAACACCACCUUUCUGGCAUGCAAUAUUAAUCAUUUUGGUUAAUGAUACAUUGGUGCGGCAAGUGGCAAUGGCUUUCAAGUGUUUGUUGCUUAUUUACUACAAAAAUGGCAGAGGCCAUAACUUCCGUCGCCAGGGUCAAAUGUUAACUCUGGUUGAGUACACGCUGCUGUUGUAUCGUGCUUUUUUGCCAACACCAGUUUGGUACCGAUUUUUCUUGAACAAGGAUUAUGGAAGUCUCUUUUCGUCACUGACCACUGGAUUGUAUUUAACUUUCAAGCUAACAUCUGUAGUUGAGAAGGUUCGAUGCUUCGUUUCUUCCUUGAAAGCAUUAUCAAAAAGGGAAGUUCAUUAUGGGGUUUAUGCUACAAUGGAACAGGUAAUUGCUGAUGGUGACUUGUGCGCUAUAUGCCAGGAGAAGAUGCGUGCUCCUAUCUUCUUGUGCUGCAAACACAUGUUUUGCGAGGAGUGUGUAUCUGAAUGGUUUGAGAGAGAAAGAACUUGCCCAUUAUGCAGGGCAUUGGUGAAACCUGCUGAUCUGCGGACCUUUGGAGAUGGAUCAACAAGUCUGUUUUUUCAGUUGUUUUAAGCUCGUUUUUUUUUUUUUUUUUUUUUUUGGCUUGGAUCAUGUUUUUGAGCCAAAAUCUUCCUGAAAAAAUGUCAUGUUUAGUUUUCUGGUUUGGUAAUUUUUUCCAUCAGCGGACUCUUAUGAAAUUGAGAUUGAAGGAAAGAAUUUAAAGAAAUAUUACAUUUAUAGCUUGUGUACAAGUUCUUUGUUGUAAUGAGGUUAGAUGUACAAAUGGCUUUAGACAGCUGCCAGUUAUUGAGAACCGCAUGGAUCUUCUAACCUGAUAUUCCUAA